AUGAAGUUAGUAGAUGUCUGUCGUACGAGGUGGGUAGAGUGCAUUGAUGGCUUGGAUACUUUUCAACUCCUUAUUGUCCCUGUGUUUUACACCUUAAGAGAAUUGAAGCAAAAUUCGAAUGGGGAGUAUAGUCCUAGCCUUUCUUCUGAUGCUUCAGAAAUGCUCGAUCUUUUGGAAAAGUUCGAGUUCGUUGUUGCCUUAGUCAUUUGUAGAAAUGUUCUAGAUUCGACGCUUGGUGUUACUCAGCUUCUUCAAGGAAAGAGUAUAGAUAUCAUGGACGAAUUUCAGGAUAAAUGGUACGAUGAAGCUUUGUCUCUUGCAAAGCAGUUAAAUAUAGAUGAACGGAAACCUAGGACAGUUGGUAAACAGACGACUUGUGCGAAUACUCCUUAUAAGACUGUUUCCGAGCAUUAUAAGAGAACUUUUACCAUACCACUUAUAGACCUCCUGAACUCUGCACUCCAAGCUCGUUUCGAUACCCAGAGUGUGAUUGUUUAUAAUGGGCUUUGCAUUGUACCAUCUAAAAUGAUUUCACUACUUAGUAAUGGUGUUGAUUGGAAAGAGAAGUUUAAAAUAGCGGCUACCUUCUAUCGUGAUGACCUUCCUAAUCCUUUAGCGUUGGAUUCUGAGAUUCUUUUAUGGCAAACAUACUGGGAGGAUUAUGAGGGACCUCUACCGGACUCACUUUCUUCAACUUUGAAAGCCCUAAAGUUUGAAGGCUUCGAAAACAUCAAAGUAAUCCUUCGUAUUCUUGCCACACUCUCAAUAACAUCAUGCGAGUGCGAACGCUCUAUAUCAGUUUUGCGAGAACUGAAAAACUACAAGAGGAGUACAAUGGUUUCUGACCGUUUAAACGGUUUGGCAAUGAUGAGAAUUCAUCAGGAAAUUGUUCCAAGUACUUCAGAUAUUAUUAAUAAAUUUGCAGAAGAUAACCGGAGAUUGAAAUUUUUAUAG